AUGGAGUACUAUCCCGGACCCGGCCGCAACCACCUGUUCGUCCCCGGCCCGACGAAUGUCCCCGAGCAGGUGCAGCGCGCCAUGCUGCGCGGCAACGAGGAUCACCGGUCGCCCGCCUUCCCCGUACUGAGCAAGAGCGUCAUCGACGACAGCAAGAAGCUCUUCGGCUCCACCGAGGGCACCUGCUUCAUCUUCCCUGCUACAGGCACGGGCGCGUGGGAGUCGGCGCUCACGAACACGCUCUCCCCGGGCGACCGCAUCAUCUCGUUCCGCCUGGGCCAGUUCUCGCUGCUCUGGAUCGACCAGAUGCAGCGCCUGCGCUUCGACGUCGACGUGGUCGACUGCGAGUGGGGCGCGGGCGCGGACCUGGACGUGCUGCGGCGGAAGCUGCUGGCGGACCGCGCGGGCACGGUCAAGGCGGUGUGCGUCGUGCACAACGAGACGGCCACGGGCGUCACCAACGACAUCGGCAAAGUGCGACAAGUGCUCGAUGAGUGCAACCACAAGGCGAUGCUGAUGGUGGACGGUGUCAGCUCCAUCGGCGCCAUUCCCUUCUACCAGGACAAGUGGCGCGUUGACGUGGCGUUGACCGGGUCGCAGAAAGCGCUUUCUCUCCCCACGGGUCUUGGCAUUGUCUGCGCGCGCCCGCGCGCCCUCGAGGCCGCCAAGCACAGCAAGUCGACCCGCGUGUUCUUCGACUGGGCAGACUACCUCAAGUUCUACCAGGCGGGCACCUACUGGCCAUACACCCCGUCCUCCCAGAUGCUCUACGGUCUUCGCGCAUCGCUCGACUUGCUCUUCGCGGAGGGCCUUGACAAUGUGUUUGCGCGGCACGCACGUCUGGGAGAGGGCACUCGGCGCGCUGUGGCGGCCUGGGGCCUGCAGCUGUGCACCAAGAGUCCCGAGUGGAAGAGCGACACUGUGACGACGAUUCUUGUGCCGGCGCAUAUCAACAGCAAUGAUGUUGUGCGCACCGCGUGGAACAAGUACAAUCUGUCGCUCGGACUCGGGUUGAACAAGAUCAAUGGCAAGGCGUUCCGCAUCGGCCACUUGGGGCAGAUGAAUGAGGUUGCACUCCUUGGAGCCCUAGCAGGAACUGAAAUGACGCUUCGGGAUGUGGGAUACCCAGUGGUGCUUGGCUCUGGAGUGGCGGCUGCAUCGGCCUACUUCCAGCAGACCACUCCCUUGAUUCCUGGACGAUCCAACAUUUCAAUCUCUCCGCAGCCUAAAGCCUCCGACCCCUCCACCCCCUCGUAUUCCCCGCGUCCCUUUCCCUUCCCCCAUAACCGCUCUCCCCACCAUCCCCCUCUCUCUGUCUCCUCCCGCUCUCGCGCGCUACCUCUCGCUCUCUUUCCCCCGUCCCCCCUCCUCCUCCACCUUCCGACCCCCUCCUGCCACCUCCCGCUCCUCCCCCCGAUGGCCGGUUCCCCCAAGCGCCGCCGCUUCUCCACGCGCCAGCGCGCCCUCAUGCGCGUGGGCUACCUCGCGCUCAUAGCCUUCUGCGCCUUUGCUGUGCGCCGGGCCCUGCACAUUCCCCCAGACCCCUCCGUCUCAGACUUCGUAUCGGAGCACACGAGCAGCAAGUGGGCCGCAGCCGCACGCGCAGCAAGGGAGAAAGGCGCAGACGGGGCAGGAGCAAGCCACGGGCUGGGAGCAGCGCUGGCAGCGGCAGCAGCAGAGGGCAUAGACGAGCAGUUGCUGCAGCGGCAGCAGCGCUGGUCUGAGAAGCCCACGUCGCUGUGCUUCGGCCAUGGCAACCUCACACUGCUCACUGUCGCACUGGACUUGCCCCAGGACUACGUGGUGUUGAUGCGGCGCAACCGGCUGCUGUACUGUGCGCGCCAUGCAUGCAGAUACUGCGAGGUGGCUGUCAGCCUCGAUUACGUGCGCCCCCAUGCAUGGUCCAAGGUGCGGGCCAUGCUCCUUGUUCUAUCGUUCGCAGACACAGUGGUGCACAUAGAUGCGGAUGCACUCAUCCUCAACCACACGCUCUCCUUCCACGCGCUGCUCGACCUCCCCGCGCCCUACAACACGUCGCGCAGCGAUGCUGUCUACACCAUGGGGUACCGGUACGGGCGGUAUGCCGAGCCGAGAGCCGAGUCGCAGGUCAACACGGGCGUGUAUGUCAUGCGCAGCACUGCUUGGAGCAAGUCGUUCCUGGAGGCGCAGUACCAGUUCUACCACUCGUCCAUCCGGCAGGAGUUUUGGGACCAUGAAGCCAUUGACCUCUACCGCCUCAAACACCCGGAGGACUUCCAUGCCCACGUCAGCAUCAUACCGUACAGGUACAUGAGUGUGCCGUGCAGCCACACUCAGAACGAGUACACGCCAGGGGACUUCAUAGUGCACUAUGCAGGCGGGCACAACCUCGGCAAGUAUGAACGCCUCUCCAAGAUGUUCCUCGAGUAG